AAAGUUUUAUGGUCUAAGUCGGCCUCUUCGGUCUCUUUUCUGCUUGGAUAAAGAUAAGAGCAGCAGGGCUUCUCCAUACUACAUUGAUUUCACGACGUUUUCUGGAGCUUUCAUGAACACCAACUGUUUGUGAAAAGUCCUGUGAGGUUCAUCAUGUGAGAGAAGUGUUGUUUUGGCAUCUAUGAUGUGAGUGAAAACAAACAUGAGGUCUUCAAGUAGUGUAGGACUUGGUUUGAGUCUUGUUUUUGGGUGUUUAUUGCUAGCUCUAAUUGCUGAACUUUACUAUUUGUUAUGGUGGAAGAAGAGGGUAACUAACAGAGAGAUUCAAGAAAGUUACAACAGCCCAGCAAGAGAAUUCUUGUAUAUGUUUUGUUGGAGAAAGCCCUCAUCUUUGAGCUCUACAGGGCUAACCACAGACACCCAGGUCCAUGAACCACAAGCUGCAUCAUCCCAGCAACCACUGAACCAUCCAAACUUAUGGCUCAGACCACUUGGUGAAGAAUAUGAUGAUAUCACUGUUGAAACUGAGCUCCUGAGGCUGCAAAACCUCUCUGGCCCACCAAGAUUUCUCUUCACAAUCAAAGAAGAAACAAAGGAAGAUUUGGAAUCAGAAGACAGGAGUAAAAAGGGGUCAAGAGGAAGGAGUUUGAGUGAUGUUGUGCUUUCUUUGGAUACUCCAUUUUUCACUCCAAUUGCUUCACCACCAUACUUGACUCCUCCUAUAACUCCUAGGGAUUCUACAUAUUUUAGCCCUCUGUUUCAGUCGUCAAGUGAUGCAGAAUUCAACAGGAUUUGGGCAUCACCACCUCCAAAGUUCAAGUUCUUGAGAGAUGCUGAAGAUAAACUUCAGAGAAGAAAACUGAUUGAAAGAUUUGAAGUUGAUGGUUCUGUUGAAAAGCAUGAUGAAUAUACUGAAGAUGAUAAAAAUGGAUCUUUUAUCACACUUAUCGUCUCUAAAGAAAGGGAGGUUGAUCAUAUUCACAACAUCUCAUCACAGUACCCUUCAAGCUCUUCACAGGUACUACCUUUAGCUGCUUCCCCUCCAACAUUCAGACCACAAUUUCACAAGAAUCCCAACUCAUAUUAGAGCUUCAUCAGUUUAACAAAAAUGGGUUCUUAUUUGUACACAUAUUUUAUGUUUAAAACUUUGUAUGAGAGCUUUGAGUAGAACUUUUAAUUCAACAAAAGCCCAUUGCAACUUGCAAGUAGAGUUACUAUCAGUUAAUGAAAUUGACACUUUUCUUCUC